CUUUCUUUGAGUCGUUUUCCAGUUGACUUCCAUCAGCACCUGCAUGAAUUCCGCUCCUGCGCUGUGGGUGGCGCACGUGCGUACGCUUAGCGCCAGUGGUCGCCUGGCGAAGAAGUCCCCUCUACUGCUUCCUAACCGGCGCGCCCGAUGACGUAAAUUGGCUGCGCCGAUUCCGCGAGUCGCCGCGAUGGCGUCCGCCGGCCCGGAGUCGACCCUUCUGGGCGUGUGCGACGGCGAGCUGGACGAGUCCAAGCAUCGCUCGUCCUUCGUGACCAACAAGGUGGGAGGCGUCCCGGACCCGGCGCCGGGCCACGCGCGCGCGUCUCCCCGCUGCGGGCGCUGCUCGGCCCCGCUGGUCCACGUGGUGCAGGUUUACUGCCCCCUCGGGAGCUCGCCGUACCACCGGACCCUCCAGCUGUUCGCCUGCGCGGCCCCCGAGUGCGGCGGCCGGCCGGAGAGCUGGACGGCGCUCCGCUCUCAGAGCCUGGAGACGGAAGACGGAGCGGCGCGGAGGUCCGGCAAGGCCGAGGCGGCGACGGAAGCGCCUCUGUCGGCUAGUGACUGGUGCGCCUCCGCCGACGACUGGGGCGUGAUGGAGGACGAGGAGGACGAAGACAUCGCGGAGUCGCUCCCGGAGGCAGAAAAAGAGGAUGUCGGCCGACCGGACGCCCUCGAUCUGGCGGAGCCCGGACCGGAACCGAACGUUCCCGUCCUGCGAGCGUUCUUCGUCGCCGUGCUGGACGAGCGGGACGCUGAGGAGGAAGUGGAAAUUGAGGAGGAGCGGUCGCACGCUGAGAAGCUGCUGAGGGACUACGAGAAGCGAGAGGGAGCGGUCGCCGAGGUCUGCGAAUUCGCCGAGACGUACGAGAAGAGCGACGCGCGUCACGGCGACCGGGCCUUUUCCAGGUUCCGGAAGAGGAUCUCCGCGUGCCCGCGACAGAUUCUGCGCUACCGCCGCGGCGGCCAACCGCUGCUUAUGUCGGCCGACGAGGCGGCGGCACCGCGGCCGCCUCCGCCGUGCGCCGGCUGCGGCGGCCCGCGGACCUUCGAGCUGCAGCUCAUGCCGGCGCUCGUCGGUCUGCUGAGCUGGACCCGCGGGACCGAGACCGGGUCGCCGCCGGAGUUUGGCACCGUGCUGGUUUACACGUGCGCCGCCAGCUGUUGGACGUCCUCGGAGCGACGACCCGUCGCUGAGUUCUGCUGGGUCCAGAUGGACCCGGACCAGGAACUCUUCAAAUGAUGCGGCGGCGGGAACCAGACGAGGAGACGGAAGGUACCUUUUUGGCAACAAACAGGAAGUGAAGUGAAGUGAAGUGAAGUGGAAAAAUGGAUUUCUAAGCAGCAAGCGUUGCGCCGGCGCAAAGUCAGGACGGUCCGGAAGUCCCACCCGCUGCGGCGGGACCAGUGCGCUGUGUCAGCGCUAAUGUCAUCAAGGACGACGACGAGAGCAACGAGAAACAGCACCUUUUGAAAUUCCCAUUUUCAAUUUCUUCCCUGAGACGAUGACAAUUUAAUUUCCCCUUGAGAACAGUCUAAAAUUUGUUUUGCAGUGGACAUCAAUAAUGGAUGUUAUCUCAUCUA